UUCUAUUUCUAUUUCUGGUCAACAAUGCUGGCCUCUUUCCAAUACCUUAAUUCAUGCAUCCAAAACCAGAGCUAUGGCAUUCUUGAUUUUAGAGCAAAAAAAUACAGUAAGAUCAGAAGCUAUUGUGUGAGAUGCAAAAGUAGUCUUGAUCCAACUUUAGAUGAAGAGAAGGAUGGCAAAAGGAAGUUUAAAAUUCUAAUUGCCGGUGGGGGUAUUGGGGGGCUAGUUUUAGCAUUGGCAGCAAAACACUGAGGAUUUGAAGUAGAGGUGUUUGAGAAAGACCUGAGUUUAGUGAGAGGGGAGGGACAACACCGCGGACCGAUUCAGCUUAUGAGUAGCGCUCUGGCCGUGCUGGAAGCCAUUGAUGAGAAUGUUGCAAAACAAAUCAUGGCAGCAGGUUGUGUUACUGGCAAUAGGACCAAUGGCUUUGUAGAUGGAGUUUCAGGUGAAUGGUUUACCAAGUUUGAUCUUUCGUCUCCGGCUGUAAGUAGGGGGCUUCCUAUCACUCAAGUGAUAUGCCGGAUGGAGCUUCAAGAUAUCUUAGUCAAUGCAGUCGGAUUGGACAUUGUGAGAAACAAUUCUGAAGUGGUGGACUUCAUUGAAGAGCCUAGCAAGGUCACGGUGAUCCUUGAAGAUGGACGGCAAUAUCAUGGUGAUGUUUUAGUAGGAGCUGAUGGAAUAUGGUCAAAUGUGCGAAAGAAAUUAUUUGGCAGACGGGAAGCAAAAUACUCAAAUGACACCUGCUACAGUGGAAUAACAAAAUUAAUUCCGCCAUACAUUGCUAGUGUCGGGUAUCGGGUCUUCUUGGGAUUGAACCAGUACUUUGCUGCGUUAGAUAUUGGGAAUGGGAAUAUGCAAUGGUUUGCCUUCCAUAAGCAGCCGCCUAUGAGCACUGAUCCUCCUGGAGGUAAAAAGAAGCUCCUGGAGGAGAAAUUUGGAAAGUGGUGUGAUGAAGUGAUUGCUCUAAUUCAGGAAACACCAGAGUCCAUGAUUUUACAGAGAGAAAUCUACGACAGAGACAUGAUCUGCUCUUGGGGAAUCGGGCGUGUUGCUCUGCUAGGCGAUGCUGCUCAUCCAUUGCAGCCAAAUCUUGGCCAAGGGGGUUGCAUGGCAAUUGAGGUAUCUGGUCUUCUUAGUACAUUUUAUCGUUUCCAUAUCCGAAAAACGGAAGGAGUUGUCUCUCAUGAGCUCCCAUGUUGUCGCGUUUAUGUGCAGGACUGUUACCAGCUUAUAGAUGAGCUUGAUCAAGUUCCCAAUACCGGCACAGAUGCUCAAAUUUCAGAUGCAAUUUGCUUGGCACUAAGACAAUACGCGAAGAAAAGAAUAAGGCGUGUUGGUAUAGUGCAUGCAGCCACCCGAAUGGCAUCAAAAAUGCUAGCUAUGUAUCAACCUUGCACACAGCUUAAAACUGGUACUCUAGCUCAUCUCUCAUCUCUGCAGAUAACGUACCCUGCAUUUCGAAUGGGUCAGGCAUUUCUGCAGUUUCUUUUGCCAAAAUUUAUGACUUGGAUGAUAGCAGGGCACGGGUUAAGUCUCAAAUCUCAAAGAGAGAGAGAGAGGGAAGCAAAACAAACUUAGAUGACUUCUCUGUUAGAAUUGAAGUUGAUAACCUUCCAAUUCAAAUCAACUUCUCUAUUACAUGUAAUAUUAUCGGGUUUUCCGGCGUGUAAAACAGACGAUAGAAACAGUGAUUGCAUUUUACUACCUAAAUAACAAAUCCUUCCUAAUAGUAUACAUA